GGCGGAGCAGUCGAUAUUUAAUAGGCUCAAAUCAAUUCUUACUCUCUACUCCCAAUACAGCAGUAUCUGGUUGUCUUCCUCUACUCCCCUUUCUUGUCAGCAGCCCCUCUCUCUCUCUCUCUCUCUCUCCCGGGAUGGAAGCAAGCAAGUCCAUGGCCCACUGUCAACAAACAUUCUUAAUUUAGACGGGAAAAUGAAAUCUCCCAAAACAAAUUUCCAAAAUAAAUUAAAUUUUGUAUUAAUUUUCCCACCUCCAAUCAUCAGAAACAUGCCUUCAAUGUUCAGCGCUGUGUCAAGACACAGACUCGGAUCUUGAACAGUUGAUUGAAUCCCAAGAUGGGUUCUUUGAUUUGGCAUCUGGGUUUGUGUAUUUGCGUGUUUUUCUUUGGUUACAGCUUCACUGCUGUGGCUUCACAGAUAGUCGGAGGGAGAGUUUUCAUUGAUGGGAAGGUUGCCAUUGGAAGAACAGAUGAGAACUUCGUGUGUGCCACCAUGGACUGGUGGCCUGCGGACAAAUGUGACUAUGGGACUUGCAGCUGGGAUCAUGCAUCUCUCCUUAAUGUGGAUCUUGAUAACAAUAUCUUCUUAAAUGCUGUGAAAGCUUUUUCACCAUUGAAGAUCAGGUUGGGUGGCAGUUUGCAAGAUAAGGUCAUAUAUGAAAGUGAAGAUAAUAAGCAACACUGUACUCCAUUUGUCAAAAAUGAGUCAGCAAUGUUUGGGUUCACCCACGGGUGCUUGCCCAUGAACAGAUGGGAUGAACUAAAUAGUUUCUUCAACAAAACUCGGGCUGUGGUUGUUUUUGGACUAAAUGCUCUAGCUGGAAAGUCCAUACGGCAUGAUGGCUUAGCUGUUGGAGCUUGGGAUUCCACCAAUGCUAGGUCUUUCAUAAGUUAUACUGUCAAGAAAGGCUACUCCAUUUAUGGUUGGGAGCUUGGAAAUGAAUUGAGUGGGAGUGGGGUUGGAACUAGAAUUACGGCAGCUCGGUAUGCCUCUGACACAAUCAAUCUGAAAAACAUUGUGGAAGAGAGUUACAAAGAUGUUGAAGAUAAACCACUAGUCAUAGCACCAGGGGGAUUCUUUGAUGCAAAUUGGUUCACAGAGUUCAUAGAUAAAACAGCAAAAGCGAUAGAUGUGGUCACACACCACAUAUAUAAUCUUGGGCCUGGAGUUGAUGAGCAUCUUGUUGAGAAGAUUCUUAAUCCAUCCUAUCUUGAUGGUGAAGCUAACACAUUUUAUCAACUCCAAGACACCCUCAAGAAAUCUAGGACAUCAGCAACUGCCUGGGUUGGUGAGGCAGGAGGGGCUUACAACAGUGGCCGCAAUCAUGUGACCAAUGCAUUUGUGUUUAGUUUCUGGUAUUUGGAUCAGCUUGGAAUGUCAUCAUUUUAUGAUACGAAAACAUACUGCAGGCAGACAUUGAUUGGUGGAAACUAUGGUUUACUCAACACUACUACAUUUAUACCAAAUCCGGACUACUACAGUGCUCUUCUAUGGCACCGAUUGAUGGGAAGAAAUGUUCUGUCAACAAAGUUUAAUGGUACAAAGAAACUACGCACUUACGCUCAUUGUGCAAAACAAUCUCGAGGCAUUGUGCUAUUACUGAUCAAUCUAGACAAUAACACCACUGUUCAACCCGAAGUUGAUGUUACUACCAUUCAGACUUUGCUACAUCGAAAAGAACACGGAUCUCAAGCGAAGUUUCUUCAACUCCAUCAGGGCUAUAAAGCAAAUGGGAGCACAAGAGAGGAAUACCAUCUAACAGCGAAGGAUGGGAACUUGCACAGCCAAACCAUGCUGCUUAAUGGAAAAAUUUUGACUGUAAAUGCAGCUGGGGACAUUCCUCCUUUAGACCCUGUAAUUCUAGAUACAUCAAAGCCUAUAAUUGUUGCUCCUUUCUCUAUUGUAUUUGUUCACAUGCCAAACACUGUUCUACCUGCAUGCAUAUAGGUGAGGCCUGAUGGAACUGAAAUUUGUUCCAUUUGUGCAUAUGCAUUGAACAAGAAAUAGAAUAAACUUCAAAUAUUCUUUUUCAAGGAAUAAAAGAAAAAAUCUUCAGUAUAAGAUA